CAAGAUUCCCUCCCCUGCUCCAAGUGGCCGUUUCUCCCCUUUCCAAUGAUUAUUGUUAUUAAUAUUAUGAUAAUGAAGAGCAUCGCGGGCUGAUGGGCGCAAGAUACCUGGAGUAGCAAAUUUGGGAGGGGCGGAACCCGCAGCACAGCCGGGACACGCAGUGGGAGACCUGCAGAGGAGGCGAUGCCUGUUGUGAUCGGCUUUGAGGGCAGUGCCAACAAAAUUGGAGUGGGGAUUGUGCGGGAUGGAGAGGUGUUGAGCAACCCCCGGCGGACAUAUGUCACCCCUCCAGGGCAGGGUUUCCUACCGGGGGACACAGCACGUCACCACCGCUCUUGUAUCCUUGCUGUCCUGCAGGAGGCGCUACGUGAGGCUGGACUGAAACCACAGGACAUUGAUGCUGUGGCAUUCACUAAAGGUCCAGGCAUGGGUGCCCCACUGGUGACGGUGGCGGUCGUGGCCCGAACGGUGGCCCAGUUGUGGGGGAAACCUCUCCUGGGGGUGAAUCACUGUGUGGGGCACAUUGAGAUGGGGCGGCUAGUGACCGGUGCCCAGAACCCGACAGUGCUGUACGUCAGCGGCGGAAACACUCAGGUCAUUGCAUACUCUGAACGCCGAUACCGAAUAUUUGGGGAAACCAUUGACAUUGCUGUGGGGAACUGCCUGGAUCGCUUUGCCCGAGUGCUGAAGAUCUCAAACGAUCCCAGCCCAGGUUACAACAUCGAACAGAUGGCCAAGAAGGGUCAAAAGCUGGUUGAGCUUCCGUAUACAGUGAAAGGCAUGGACGUGUCCUUUUCUGGGAUCUUAUCCCAUAUAGAGGAAGUGGCACACCGAAUGCUGGCUGCCAAGGAGUGCACCCCGGAAGACCUCUGCUUCUCCCUCCAGGAGACCGUGUUCGCGAUGCUGGUGGAGAUCACCGAGCGGGCCAUGGCGCACACCGGCUCCCAUGAGGCACUGAUCGUGGGUGGCGUUGGCUGUAAUGAACGUCUGCAGAAAAUGAUGGAGAUCAUGUGCAAAGAGAGAGGAGCAAAGCUUUUUGCCACAGAUGAGAGGUUCUGUAUCGACAAUGGGGCCAUGAUCGCGCAAGCUGGCUGGGAAAUGUUCCGAUCAGGGCAAGUCACUGCGCUUGAGGACUCGUGGAUCACGCAGAGGUAUCGUACAGAUGAAGUGGAGGUGACGUGGCGUGACUAAUCCCUUUCCUUGGAGGCAGCCAGUGGCGAUGCGGAAGCACUUCCAAGGUUUCUGGAAUGCCAGUGGGUGUUUGAUGGCAAAUUUAUUGAGCUGGAAUAAAAGGCACUGCUUUUUUA